AUGUAUAAGUUUGAGAACACGCGUAGAGAAAAACGGUUUCAGUUUCACAACCAAGCUGAAAUUGAAACCCCCUCUUUCUCUUCCAUUAUUCUCGACAAGAUUUACCGUUCCAUCGACGAAGAAGAGAGAAAAAGUUCCGAUCAGAAAUUCUACACAGAAACAACAGUUAACAAAAUGACCAAAAUCAAUGCUAAAUGCAAUAGAUUUGAUGAAGAUGAGUUAGAACCAAAUCUUCGCCUGAGAAUUGGAACACAAAUCGAGAGAAAAUUGCAUCAUGAUCGUGAUCAAGAUGUUAUGUUCUUCAGUUCCGCUUCAAGCUCUUCGGAUUCAAGUUCUGGAUUAUUAUCAUCUUCCUCCGAUACAGAAUCAAUCUACAGAGCAAAAUCAGGAAAUCCGUGUUUCGCUCAUUCCAGGCCUAAACCGGUGAAAACAUCUGUUCCUCCCGAGAGAAGCAUCGCGAGAGAUGAAGAUGUCUUCAUAAAAUCGAAAUCAAGAGCGGUGAAGCUUUACAACAAUCUCAAAAAGGUGAAACAACCAAUCUCACCCGGUGGAAAACUCACAAGUUUUCUCAACUCUCUAUUCGUAAACACGAAGAAAUCAAAAUCGUCUGCUUCCUCUUACGAAGAUGUGAAUGCAGUGAGAAAAGGUAAAUCGGAACAAACUUCAAAUUGCUCAUCAGCUUCAUCGUUUUCACGUUCUUGUUUGAGUAAAAACACAUCUACAUCAAGAGAUAAACCGCGUAAUGGUGCUAAAAGAACGGUGCGUUUUUGUCCAGUAAGUGUAAUUGUAGAUGAAGAUAAUCGAGUUUGCGGUAACAAAUGUUUGCAUGGAGGAGAAGGUUCAAAUCUAACGGCAUUGUCUGUUCCAACGGCAUGGAAAAUUGGACGAUCAGUGAGUAAGAAGAAAGAACAAGACGCUUUGAAUAUGAACGAAAGAGUGGAAGAAGUUUUAAGAGACUUUCAUCUUAAUCGGAAGCUUUUGAGAGAUUUUUCUAUGAGAAAAAAUGAAAAAGAUGAUGAUGACGUGGCAAGUAGUUCAAGUUCAGAUCUUUUCGAGCUUGAUCACUUAGUUUCAAUGGGAAAUGAUCGGUAUUACAUUUCUGAGGAUUUGCCUGUGUUUGAAACUACCCAUGUUGGUAGUAAUCGUUCCAUUCAAUAA